UCUGUGCUCUUGUACUCUCUAGCUACUUCAUUCGUAAAGAUCAAAGCGUAAAUGGCUGGCUUGGCCGGUCGCACCGAAACGGACCGGAACCAUCUUACACACGCUUUUGAUGCCGGAUUAUUGUCCGGUUCGCUGCCGGCCGACACACCCCGUACCGUCGACGCCGAUGACGAUGACGAUGACGAUGACGAUGACGAUGACGAGGAAUCCUUCCUUGAACCGUCUCCACUAGACUCUGCGACGGACGAUUCAAUCGGCGACUCCAAACGGUGGGGUCAUCUGGCUGCCAGCGUCCAUAUCUUAGCCGGAACUCUGUUACGGAUGGAGGUGGAGGAGAUGGAGAUGGUCAAGGCUUGGGAAGCUUCGCGGAUGGAAGCCGAGAGGCGUAGAGUGGAAUUAGAGUCAGAGAUGACCCAGAUGCUGUUGAAGGUACAGAUCCAGAUCGCUUCGUUUAUUUCUCAAAAGAAUCGGAAACGGAAGAGGAAGCGUGUCGAGGAGGAAGACGAUAAUUCGACCAGGGAACGGGAGGCAGUUCUGCUGCUUGGGUUGCUUCAAUGUGAUCGGAGCUUUUGAAGGGAAAUGAUCACAGGAUAAGGCAUCAUGCAUCUGUAUAAAUUGGAUUUGUUGUUUAUUAUGAUGUUAUAUGGAUAAGGGAAAAGUUUUCCUUCACCCACCACUGUGAUCUCAUAGUUACUCUCUCCCU